UUAUCAUUUAUGAGUAAAAGCGCACCGACCGCGAGUCCGAGUCAUACUGCCAGCCACCGGAAAAUAUAAUAUUAUUAUUCAUAAAAUUACAGUAUUAUACACAUAGUAACAAGUGAGAAAGUAACAACAUUAGCCAUCAUCGUCCAUCGUCGUCGCAAUUUUCCGCUAUGAACGGUCCGGCUGAAAUAAUAUUAAAAAAGCAAUCGUCGUAGUCGAUCCACUCGGCCGACGUGAUAAAUAUUAGUGAGGCGUACCUAAGUACCGGUUAUUGGGCAAUAGGCACUGGCGAGCUUUUUUUUUAAACUUUUAUCAUAACGAUUGCUGUCUGACGAUGGGCGGCAUUUUGUCGUGGAACAAUCGUCGCAGAAAUAAGUAAUAAGAAUAACAUUCAUCAUCCGCCGACGGCCAUGUAAAAUGAUCGGACCGUCGCCAUAUUCCGCCCAACCGGACAUCGUCUGGCUCCAAUGAUACAGUUAUUCAUCAUUCAAUUGUUCAAAUGAUCAUUAAACCAGUAUGAGAUUAAACAUAAGAACUCUCUUUUUAGUUCUUUCUUCUUUAAUUAUAGUAUGCACAUUGUCACUAUGGUCCAAUUGCUCAAAUCAAACCUUUGAUACAUUUUCAAAGAAUAUUAAACCCAAUUAUGAAUCAUUAGUUCAAAAUAUAAAACCAAUAGACUGUCUCAUUAAUGGAAAUAAUGUUCAUGUGGAUUGCCUUAUAAAAAACAACACAGUAUAUAUUCCAUUUUCAUUUCUUAAAAACUAUUUUGAGGUUUAUGGAAAAAUUAUUGAAACUGAUGAAAACAAAAAAAAAUUCCAUUGGUCACAUAGCUAUUCCAAAAUAUAUCAUCAAAAUGGAAAAUAUGACUCUCGGGGUGUGUUCACAAAUUUCCAAAAUUAUAAAGUUGAAGAAAGAGAUCGUGUAAAGUGUGUUAGUGCUUCUGAAGGAGUCCCAGUAUCGACUCAGUGGAAUCCUCAUGGUUAUUAUUAUCCAACACAAAUAGCUCAAUUUGGGUUAUCUCAUUAUAGUAAAAAUCUUACUUUACCAUCACCAAAAGUAAGGGUCUUAGAAAAUGGUCAGUUAAAUCCUCUAUGGAAUGUUCCCAAAACUUCAAAAAUACAAAUAGCGUUCAAUGCUCAAGUCAAUAGUAAUGUUAUAGAUUUUUUCAGUACAGAUAAACCAAUUUUGUUAAAAAUUGACAGCAAAGAAGAUUUUUUCAUUAGUUUUGAUGUUGCUUUGUCUUUAUCAACAAGUAGUAGCAUUGUUAUUAGUAUAAAAGAAAUAAAGGAUCAAGAAGUAUGGAAUCUGCAUUACAUAUGUUCUAGAACGUUUAUAUUUGCAAAGGGUCAUAAUAUUUAUCAUGGAAUGCAUUGUGGUAGAGAAUUUGGUUGGAAAAAAUUGACAAGAAAUGUAUUAGUUGACUUACAAAAGGGCUUACAUGUAUUAAAAAAAACAACAACAAAAAUGUUUCGUUCAAAAUAUAAGUUAUGUGAUUUUAAACUGUAUGGAGUUGGAUUCUUGGACAACCUAACACUCAGUUCUAGUGAUCAUAUUAGUCAAUUUUAUGCUGCAGCACAUUGGUUCAAUAAACAUCAAGAUAAAGAGUCUGGAGGUUGGAUUAAUCCAGUUACUCGUAAAAUAUCUCCUGUUAUCAAACCAUUAAAGCCAGGCUGGUUAUCUGCUAUGGGUCAGGGCCAAGCAAUAUCAUUGCUCUCCAGGGCAUUUUUCCAUUCUGGUGGCAAUGAAAUGUAUUUAAAAACAGCUCAUACCGCUCUAAAGCCCUUUAAAAUUUCAACUAAAAAUGGUGGCGUUUUGUCUGAGUUUAUGAAUUUACACCCAUGGUAUGAUGAAUAUCCUACAGUUCCACCAAUAUUCAUUUUAAAUGGUUUUAUGUACUCCUUGAUUGGAUUAUAUGAUUUGUUUUCAUUAGCUCCCAAUGGUUCAGAGGUUUCACAAGAAGCUCAUUCAUUGUGGAAACAAGGUAUGACAUCAUUGAAAAAUCUGUUACCUUUGUUUGACAUGGGGUCAAGAUCAGCCUAUGAUCUCAGACAUGUAACACUUGAUAUAGCGCCAAAUAUUGCUCGAUGGGAUUAUCACGCUACACAUAUCAACCAACUAUUGUUGUUGGCAACACUGGACAAUGCAACAGUUAUACAAACUACAGCCAAAAGAUGGAUUGGUUAUAUGAAUGGUGCUCGUGCAUCGCACAAUUAAGUUAUUAAGACACUAAGAGUAUUGAAUAUAAAUUUAGUAAAAUAUAUUUAAGAUAAUUUUGGAAAAAAA